CGAAGGAAGAGUCUGUGGGAGGUCGGGCGGCGGCCAUUUUGUUGCAGCCCAAGUGGGAAGUGAGGAGACUUGUUCUCUUCCGGUUUUGUAUCAGCUUCUGGUGGAUGUGAGAAAGGAGAGUGUAUACCCAGUGAGGAGGAGAUCGGAGCAAAAGGAGUGAGCGCAUUUAGACGGACAGCCAAAUCUGUACAGGGACGUCAUAAUGGAGAACUGGUCACCCUUCACAUCACCGGAUGGAUCCAGUAAUGGGAACCCCCCAGAGAGAUGUCCCCGUCCUCUGUAUUCCCGGGACUCCACACAGGAACAUCAGGAGAUCCCUCAGGAGGAUGAGGAUGAAAGUCCCAUUAAAGUUGAAGUCAAAGAAGAAGCAGAUGAGACCUAUUUAAGGAGUGACCAGAUAUAUAAGGAGGAGAAAUUCCCUCCAGAGAUCAUCACAGAUCCCGGAAACACCAGAGCCACUCAGAGAGACGUCAAAGCUUGGGAAAAGGAAGAAGGACAUGUGAGGAUUAAAGAGGAGGAAGUUCUUCCAGAGGUCAGCACGGACAGCAGAGGCACUCAGAAAAGUGUCAAAACUGAGACAGAAGAAGACGGAAAUCUGAACAUUAAAGAGGAGGAGAUUCAUUUAGAAAUUAGUACAGAUGGCCGAUACAGACGGUACAAUAUGGAAGAACGUACUAAUUUCUUUUCGGCUGGGGUUCUAGAAAAUGAUGACGUAACAUCCAUUUCGUCAGGAGAAAACCCUAUUACCCCCAAACUCCAUCCAGUAUUUCACAGCGUUGCUCUAUUAAGCAGUUCAUCCACACAUAGGGCUCCACCUGCUGAAAUCUCACCUCUUUACACGAGUCAGCCUGGUGAAUCCUCUAUCCAAAAAGCCAAACUUGCAUCCGACAAGAGAAGUCAGAAAGUAGAAAAGCCGUUUUCAUGUUCAGAAUGUGGGAAAUGUUUUCCGCGGCGGAGCCACCUUCUGUCCCAUCAGAUGAGCCAUACAGGAGAGAAGCCAUUUUCAUGUCCAGAAUGUGAGAAAAGUUUUUCCUAUAGAUCCGGCCUUCUUCUACACCGGAGAACUCACACGGAGGUGAAGCCGUAUUCAUGUUCUGUGUGCGGGAGGGCUUUUACCCGGAGGUGGAUUCUUCUCGAACACGAGAAUACCCACACGGGUGUAAAGCCUUAUUCCUGCGCCGAAUGCGGAAAGUCUUUUUCUCAGAAACAGCGACUUACUUGGCACCAGGGAACUCACUCGUCUGAGAAGCCGUUCCCUUGUGCGGAAUGCGGAAAGCGUUUUACCCACAGGGCACUGCUUUCCACCCAUCAGAGGACUCACACCGGGGCAAAGCCGUAUUCUUGUUCCGAAUGUGGAAAGUGUUUUCCUUCCAAACAUCACCUAGUUCUUCACCAGAGAGCUCACACAGGAGAGAAGCCGUUUUCAUGUUCGGAGUGUGGAAAGUCCUAUAUCAAGAGAGGAGACCUUACCUGCCAUCAAAUGACUCACACAGGGGAGAAGCCAUAUGCAUGCUCAGAGUGCGGGAAAUGCUUUGCUAAACGGUCCCAUCUUGUCAAUCACCAGAGAACGCACACAGGUGUGAAGCCUUACUCUUGCUCCGAAUGUGGGAAAUGUUUCGCUAAAAAGUCUUAUCUCACCGUCCACCAGACAACUCACACGGGGGUGAAGCCGUUCUCUUGUUCCGAAUGCGGCGAAAGUUUUUUUUGGAAAAUAUCCCUUACAAGACACGAAAAAGUCCAUACGGGGCAGGAGUUGCACUCGUGUUCAGAAUGUGGAAAAUGUUUUACCGACAGAUCCAUUCUUAUUGAACAUCAAAGGAUCCACACGGGGGAGAAGCCUUAUUCCUGCUCGGAAUGUGGGAAAUGUUUCUCUCGGUGUUCCAGCCUCAUCGUACAUCAGAGGACUCACACUGGCGAAAAGCCUUAUUCCUGUUCUGAGUGCGGGAAAUGUUUUGCUUCGAGAAUGUAUCUUACUAAACAUCAGCGAACUCACUCAGGAGUGAAGCCAUUUUCCUGUUCCAAAUGCAGUAAAAGUUUUCACUUUAAGUCGUAUCUUAACAGACAUGAAAGAGUUCACUCAGGGGAAUCUUAACCACUUCCCGACCUCCUCAUGUACAUUUACGUCGGCAGAAUGGCACGGAC